GUGAGUGUGAGGCUGACUGACAGCAGCAAGGCAGCAAGCAAGUUUAUUUUGCAUUUUUGCUGUAAAUUUUGUUCAAUUUUGUGUUUUCCUUCCCAAGUUACUGUUAUUAUUUAUAUGAAAAUUGCUAUAAAAUAUCAAUAGCGUCAGGUAGAAAACAUUAUUAAUUCAAUAUUACUGGUGGUGUGGUCAGUUUGUUAGUUAAAAACAUUUUAUUAACAUGUCACUAUACGAUGAUCUUGAUACUAUAAAAGCUCGAACCACUGAGAAAGUAGCUGGGUGGUCGUCUGGUAUUAAGCUGCUUCAGUCUCAACUACAGCUUAAGAAAGCUGCUGUAACGCAACCUAAACGAGAAGCAUUAAGGAGGUCUCACCAGGUCCUCACCCCUGUAAUAGAUUUGAAAAGUAAACCAAAGGAAGAUGAAGAACCAAACUCGUACAGUCCAAGCAUACAACCAAAGACACUCACAGGAGUCACUCUAAAUGUCGGGGACUUUGACUGGAAUGUUGCUAAUGAGUAUGAUCCCAUGUGGCCAAAUGAUUAUGAAAAAGUGGCCAAGGAAAUACAAGCAAAAAGAUUAAACACAGACGGAGGCGACAGAACAGAUAGGUCAGAACGAAAACGGAAGAGCAGAUUUGGUGAUGACGAUGAAGACAUAAUCCCAGAAAAAACUUUAGUUGCAAUGCAACCAGAGGAAGAGGAGGCCCUGGAGAUCAGCAAGCGAGCAGCGGGCGCGGCCAUCGCGCCGCCGCCGUCCCUGACUGCCGAGAGCGCGUCCCCGCCCCCCGCGCCGCUCGCCCCCGCCAACGCCUCCCAGGGAUUCUCAGUAGGAGGGUAUGGAGCCAGCUCUAUUGCCGCCAAGAUCAUGGCCAAAUAUGGGUUUAAGGAAGGACAAGGCUUGGGGAAGAAGGAGCAGGGCAUGUCAGUGGCUCUCCAAGUUGAGAAAACAUCAAAGCGUGGAGGGAGGAUUAUUCACGAGAAAGAUGGCAAUGUAAUGCCACCACCUGGAUUCGCCAUGCCGAAUUUGCCUGGACCUGACUCACCCGGUAGCAGCACUAACUCACCUCAAAUGAAGCAGGAACCAUCAAUCACAGAAAUAAUGAAAUCACCGAGCAAAGUUGUUUUACUUAGGAACAUGGUUGGUCCGGGCGACGUCGACGAGGAGCUAGAGCCUGAAGUGAAAGACGAGUGCAACACAAAAUACGGUGACGUCAUCAAAGUGGUCAUCUUCGAGCUACCCAACGCGCCGGCCGACGAAGCCGUGCGGAUAUUCGUUGAGUUCAAACGCAUCGAGAGCGCAAUCAAAGCUGUCGUCGAUCUAAACGGAAGAUUCUUCGGCGGAAGACAAGUGAAGGCUGGCUUCUAUGACGUGGAAAAGUUUGCAGGAUACCAGCUUAAUGAUUAAAGUAUAGAUGAAGCAAAAA